UGAUUGGCUGGAGUGUGGCAUGAUGCAGUAGCGUGCCAUGGUUCCAUCGUUGGUCCACCUUGAGCGGAGUGAGCCCCGAGCCUCUCUUCUCCUCCUCACGGCUCCUCCAGCCCUCACUCUCGCCUCACCCUCCGCCGCUCUGUCCCGCUCCUCUCACGCUUAGUUUCACCAUGCUGACCCGCCUCUUCCGUAUGCAUGGCCUCCUGGUGGCCUCACACCCCUGGGAGGUGAUAGUGGGCACCGUCACCCUCACUAUCUGCAUGAUGUCCAUGAACAUGUUUACCGGCAAUGACCAGAUCUGUGGCUGGAACUUUGACUGCCCCAAAACAGAGGAGCAGAUUCUAAGCAGUGACAUCAUCAUCCUGACAAUCACCCGUUGCAUCGCCAUCGUCUACAUUUACUUCCAGUUCCAGAACCUGAGACAACUUGGAUCCAAAUAUAUUUUAGGCAUCGCUGGUCUUUUCACCAUAUUCUCCAGCUUCGUAUUCAGCACAGUCGUCAUUCACUUCCUCGACAAAGAGCUCACAGGCCUUAAUGAGGCUUUGCCUUUUUUCCUGCUUCUCAUCGACCUGUCCAAAGCAUCUUCUCUUGCCAAGUUCGCCUUGAGUUCCAGUUGUCAGGAUGAAGUGAGAGACAACAUCGCUCGCGGUAUGGCGGUCCUGGGACCCACCUUCACUCUAGACGCCCUGGUAGAAUGCUUAGUGAUCGGCGUGGGAACCAUGUCAGGCGUGCGGCAGUUGGAAAUCAUGUGCUGCUUCGGCUGCAUGUCUGUCUUGGCCAACUACUUUGUGUUCAUGACUUUCUUCCCAGCGUGUGUCUCACUGGUGCUGGAGCUGUCCCGUGAGAGUCAGGAGGGCCAUCCUAUCUGGCAGCUGAGUCACUUCUCUGGAGUCAUGGAGGAGGACAACAAACCCAACCCUGUCACGCAGAGAGUCAAAAUGAUCAUGUCUCUGGGCCUGGUGAUGGUCCAUGCCCACAGCCGAUGGAUCGCCGAGCCCCUGUCCAUGAACUCCACGGAGGGAAUCCCUCAGGUUGGCAUGGAGCUGGACCAGUUCUCACCCAGGAGAAUCGAGCCAGAAAAACCACUUUGGCACUUCUACGUCACCAGGAUGAUAACGAUGGACGUAGAGCAGGUGAUCUGUCUGGCUCUGGCUCUGCUGCUCGCGAUCAAGUACAUCUUCUUCGAGCAGGUCGAGAUAGAGUCCACCCUGUCUCUGAAGAACCCCGUCACCAUGUCUCCCCCGGCCCUCACCCAGAGGCGGCCCGCUGAAUCCUGCUACAGGCGGGAGCCGGCAGCUGCUCCAUGCCUCCAACCCGCUCACAUCGCUGCUGUCCCAACAACUGUCAACAAGACAGAGAAAGAUGAGGUUAUCCGGCCCCUGUCACCCUCAGCCACUGAUCCCGAGCCAAAGAGCAAAUUCAUUGUGGGUGGUGACGAGGAGGAGCUCAAGUGUGAAGCUGCGGAGACGAUCCUCCCACCAGAGCCCAGAGGCCUCGAGCAAUGUGUGGACAUCCUCAGAAAUCCUGAGCUCGGGCCUCGUUUCCUGAGUGACGCUGAGGUGAUGCUGCUGGUGAACUCCAAACACAUCCCCGCCUACAAACUGGAGGCCAUGAUGGAGAAGCCGGAGAGGGGAGUGGCCAUACGAAGACAGAUGAUAUCAGCAAAGCUUCCCUCUCCCACUGCUCUCUCCACCCUGCCGUACACAGACUACGACUACUCCAAGGUUAUGGGUACUUGCUGUGAGAACGUGAUUGGCUACAUGCCUGUACCAGUGGGCGUGGCCGGACCACUGCAUCUGGAUGGGAAGCAGUUCCAGGUUCCCAUGGCAACUACAGAGGGCUGCUUGGUUGCCAGCACCAACCGAGGCUGUCGAGCAAUUGCUCUUGGAGGCGGAGCCAGCAGCCGUAUCCUGGCUGACAGCAUGACUCGAGGGCCUGUGGCGAGGAUGCCGUCCGCGUGCCAGGCCGCCGAGGUAAAGGAGUGGCUGGAGAGCGCAGACGGUUUCCAGGAGGUGAAGGAGGUGUUUGACAGCACCAGCAGGUUUGCUCGGCUUCAGAAGCUCAUGGUUUGUGUGGCUGGCAGAAAUCUAUACAUUCGAUUUCAUUCCAAGACUGGAGAUGCUAUGGGGAUGAACAUGAUCUCCAAGGGAACAGAGCUGGCUCUGAGCAAACUGCAGCAGCACUUCCCAGAGCUGCAGGUGGUGGCAAUCAGUGGGAACUACUGCACUGACAAGAAACCUGCUGCCAUCAACUGGAUCGAAGGCAGAGGAAAGUCUGCUGUCUGUGAAGCAACCAUCCCUGCUAAAGUCGUCAGAGAGGUUCUGAAAACGACCACAGAAGCGAUGGUGGAGGUGAACAUCAGUAAGAACCUGGUGGGCUCGGCCAUGGCGGGAAGCAUCGGUGGAAAUAACGCUCACGCAGCCAACCUGGUCGCUGCCAUCUUCAUCGCCUGUGGACAGGACCCUGCUCAGUCAGUAGGCAGCAGUAACUGCAUCACCUUAAUGGAGGCGUCAGGGCCGACACGGGAGGACCUGUACAUCUGCUGCACCAUGCCUUCCAUAGAGCUUGGCACUGUAGGAGGAGGCACCAACCUGCCCCCCCAGCAAGCUUGCCUGCAGAUGCUGGGCGUGCUGGGGGCGUGUCAUGACUCUCCCGGGGAGAAUGCGCGGCAGCUGGCCAGGGUUGUGUGUGCCACCGUGUUGGCUGGAGAGCUCUCGCUCAUGGCUGCUCUGGCUGCUGGACACCUGGUCAAGAGUCACAUGACACACAACAGGUCAAAGGUGAAUCUACAGGAAACCCCAGGAACAUGCAGCAGAAAAGCCUCCUGAGAGCCUUUGUUCAGCUUGGCUUUCUUCAGCGUGUCCAGAACAAUGGACGGAGCAGUAAAUCCAGUCAAAUAUGUACAAUUUCAAAAGUGACCAAUCAUUCAUCACUGAAAAACAGACCUCAUAGGUCUUCUGAGUGACAUAUUGUGCUAUAAGGAGCAUUUGUGUGACAAAUCUCUGUGCUGGAUAUAAAAAGGGGCCAUGCAAGCUAAUCAGUGUAUUCUGUGGGUAUAAAUUCAUUUGUGUAUCUGGUGAGUUAGAUACUGGCUUCUUUAAUUUUCUGUCACAAAAUGGAUUUCUGUAAACACAAACACAUGCUACACACAACACAAACAAUCCAACAGACGGUUCUCAUUGUUAAAUGUCUGAAAACGGAUGAGCAGAGCUGUGAGGACCACAGUGUUAGAGUGGCCAAGCAGUCCUGCAGAGCCACAGUAAAGGUCCAAUAUGCGAUACUUGACCACCACUCACCGUCAGACCCAAACAAAAGCAGCUAUUGUAACUGUUCAUCACACGUCUACUCAUUACUCGCUGUGUGCUCACAACAUACACGUCGUCUAGACCACCUGAGAAAACACUGAGCUCUCAAAGUAUCGCCAACGUUAAAAUACAGCGGCGUAAACAGGCCGAGCAAAGUCAGCUGCAGACUUUUCACAGGAGGCAGGUUUAUUUAUUCCCCAUAAGAUCAUUUGCUCUCUCAUCAUCCUCCUCGUACCACCAGAGGAAGCUUACCACAGCUUGAGAACCAUGGGUUUACAGGACUGCGACAGACGGAGCGGGGCCUGAUGACAUCACAGAGGAAGAGCAUGACGCACAUUAGUCCUCUGCUACAUAUUUGCACGUGUAAUACUUGUUUAUUGAGAUCAUGUGAGGUAGAAUAUUGAAUAUUGGCCCUUUAAGUUCUGGUCUAAUCACAAGGACAUGGACAGAUAACAACCGUUGCCUGGCUGCAAGGACGGACAUGUGUGUGUUUGAAAAGAAGAUGACUUAAUGCCUGUGCUGUUAAUACAGUAAAUGGUUUCAUCCGAA